CCAGAGGCCGCCCAGCUCGGAGGGAGGAAGGACUGCACAGCUGACAGGACAGGACGGCAGUGCUCCUGAGCGUUUCUGGAGCAGAAGCUCUUCCCCCAGAGGGAGGGACGCACCGGGCAGCAGGCACCAUGGAGCCCCCGUCGGCCCCUCCCCGAGGAGGACGCGUCCCCUGGCAGGAGGUCCUGCUGGCAGUCUCACUCCUAACGUUCUGGAACCCGCCCACCACUGCCCAAGUCACUGUGGAAUCGGUGCCGCCCAAUGCUACCGAAGGAAAGGAUGUUCUUCUACUCGUCCACAAUCUGCCUGGGGAUCCUAUAGGCUAUGGCUGGUUCCGAGGGGAAACUGUAGAGCCCGGCAAACAAAUUGCAUCAUAUGCAGUAGAUACAAAUGUAACUAUGCCAGGGCCUGCACACAGUGGCAGAGAGACAAUAUACCCCAAUGGAUCCCUGCUGUUCCAGAACAUCAACCUGAAGGACACAGGAUACUACACCAUACAAAUCACAAAGAGAAAUUUUCAAGUUAAUCAAGUAACAGGACAGCUGCGCGUAUUCCCGCAGUUACCCAAACCCAACAUCGCAAACAACAACUCCGAUCCCGUGGAGAAUGUGGAUUCUGUUGUAUUAACGUGUGGACUUCAGACUCAGAGCACAAGCUACCUGUGGUCAGUAAACAAUGAGAGCCUCCCGGCCAGCGCCACACUAGAACUGUCCCUGGACAACAGGACUCUCACUAUACAUGAUGUCACAAGGAAUGACACAGGACCCUAUGAGUGUGAAACUCGGAACCCAGUGAGUGCCGGUCGUAGUGACCCAUUCACCCUGAAUGUUCUCUAUGGCCCGGACGCCCCCACCAUUUCCCCCUCAGACUCCUCUUACCAUCCAGGGGCCAACCUCAGUCUCUCCUGCCACGCAGCCUCUAACCCGCCCGCACAGUAUUCUUGGUUUAUCAAUGGGAGGCCCCAGCCAUUCACACAGGAGCUCUUUAUCCCCAACAUCACUGCCAAUGAUAGUGGAUCGUAUACCUGCCUCGCCUAUAACUCUGGCACUCGGCUCAAUAAGACCACAGUCAAGACUAUCACAGUCUCUGAGCCAGUGGCCCGGCCCUCUCUCCAUGCCAGCAACACCACAGUCACAGGAAAUAAGGACUCUGUGGUCCUCACCUGCUCCACAAAUAACACUGGGGUCUCUAUCGGGUGGCUCUUCAAUGGCCAGAGUCUAAAGCUCACAGAGAGGAUGAAGCUGUCCCAGGACAACAGCACCCUCACCAUAGACCCUGUCAGGAAGGAGGAUGCCGGGAAUUACCAGUGUGAGGUCUCCAACCCAGGCAGUUCCAGCCAAAGUGACCCCAUCAGGCUGGAUGUGAACUAUGAAAGAAGCACCACAGGCCUCCCUGUGGGGUCCAUCAUUGGCAUUGCAGUUGGGGUCCUGGUCGGACUGGCACUGGCGGCCGCCCUGGGUUGUCUCCUGUUCCACAAAAGGACUGGAAAGGCCAGUGGCUGGUGUGAUCUCAGAGAGCUCUGUCGCCCAGCAUCCACUCCCCGCCAUGGUCCAGCCUGCAGAUCUGCAUCCCCGGACUCCCUGCCCGGCCCCACCACAGCCGUUCCCAUCUACCAGGAAUUACGACACCCCGACACAAACAUUUACUGCCAGAUCAACCACAAAGCAGAAAUGGCUUCUUAGUUUCCCCUGGGAACUGCUCCUUCCAGGGCCCUCCUGAGACCCCAGACUCUAGGUGGGGUCAGGAGCUGCAGCCUGAGCCAGAGAACCGGCUCUAAGCCCUGAAGAUAUUCAGGGACAUGGACCCAGGGAUGGGUCCCUCCUGAUUUCUGGAGACCCCUACCGACUGCCCUGAACCCAGGACAAAGGCCCCCAUUUCCCAGGAAGUGGGGGUUCUCGGGAAAAGUGUCCUGACCCCUGACCCACUGGCGAUGAUCGAAGAGGAUCUGAAUAAAGAGGAUUCAUCCCCUCCUUGGCCCUUUUUUUGGUGAAUGGUAAUUUCUCUUAGCAGAAAUUUCCCCAGGGGCACCUGGCUGGCUCAGUCAGUAGAGCAUGCAACUCUUUUUUUGUUUGUUUUUUAAGGUUUUAUUUAUUUACUUGAGAGAGAGAGAGAAGGAUCACGAGCAGGGGAGAGGGGCAAAGGCAGAGGGAAAAGCAGACUCUCCACUGAGCAGGAAGCUGGACGUAGGGCUCCAUCCAUGGACCCCAGGACCAUGUCCUGAGCCGAAGUCAGACACUUAACCAAAUGAGCCACCCAGGCACCCCGAGCAUGCAACUCUCGAUCUUGGGGUCAUGAAUUUGAGCCCCAUGUGUGGCACAGAGUUUACUUAAAAAAAAAAAAAAAGUAAAAAAAAGAGAAAAGAAAUUCACCUGAAACUCUGGGUCUCUUCUCUCCUGGGUCACAUAGGGAAAUGUUACCUCUGAGUUGACCAAGCCCCCAUCUCUUGUCCCCCAGGAUAGAGGAAGGGGUGAGUGGUGUGGACAUGGUGGGACCACGCUAACUAGAACACCAGAGCUGUGGCCAAACCAUGAGAGAACUCAGCAGUCCUCACACUGCUCAGGGACCAAAGCUUUAGACACUCCCAGUGUUUAUAAAUGUGGUUUGGGUGUCGGGAGCACAGAACAUGGGGCCUCUGAUGACCACAUGAAGAUGAGCUAGGAAGGAGUUGCUGUGGGCAGCAAACAUAAACCACAGAGAAGGAUGAACUGGGCAUCUUUUCCCUUGGCUAUUCUUUAAUAGUAGGUCACCUGGCAACAAAUUUUCAUAUUCUUCCUUCUUCAGAAAAUUUCCUUAUUUCCCCUUUCCUCCUGAGGAUCAUUUUGCCAGAUACAGGAUUUGUAGUCGAUUUGAAAAACCUGCCGCUUCCUUCUGGCCUCCAUGCUGUCAGAUACAAAACCUACUGUCACUUACUUAAAUCAGUGUUCCUUAAUAAGCAAUGGGUUGUUUCUCUGGCUCUUUUUAUUUAUUUAUUUUUAAGGAUUU